AUGUCCCGACAUAUUCUUGAUUCAUGUUGCCAAAGUGAGAUACCGUACGAUUAUCUCGAUGUUGAAAAUCAUCCAACAGCUUCACAACUGGAGAAAAACAUUGGAAAAGAUUUGACGGAAAUUUAUUUUAGUAAGUGCACACCCAUUGAAAAAGUCUUGUUUGGGCGCAGUAAACAGCUGGAGGGACCUGGAGAUUUAUGGAACGACCCAGAAGAUCGUCAUCUUCGAAUGAUACCGACUCAUUCAGAGAAAAUGAAAGCACUCACUCAUGUAGGUGUUUUAGAAAUUGGAAGGAAAAUUGAAGAAAAAAAUGAUUUGGAACAAGAGAAAAGAAUCUCUGAAGCUAUUUAUGGAACUGAAGAACUUGCAAGAUUCGAAGAAGACAAUAAAAUCCGAUUUCAUGUGAAGCAAGCUUCACUGGAAAGCGACGAAGAAUGUCAGAAGCGUAUUAAUGAUUUAAUAUCAAAACAUGAAUAUGAGAAGACAAAGUUAAGGAAGACUUAUGAUGAUGCAAGAGAUUUGUUGACUAAAUUCACUAGUAAAAAAUUUCAAAUAGAAAUGGGAAAAGUUAGAACAAAAGCAUAUGAUGAAGCAGAAAGUGAAAUGAAUGGAAAAGUACUAGAAAUUGUAGAUCGUGAGAUUGCAAAUCAAAAUAUUUUAUGCCAAGAACAGAUCAACAACACACUCAAAAAUAUGGAGAUCAACAAUCGAGACCGUAUUAAUGAAAUGAAGAAUCAGUGUCUGAAAGCGAUGGAUGUACAAAAUCAUUUGAUGACUUGCCGACACAUUACUGAAAUGAUGCACAUGAUGACUGUCCAAAAACGUUACUGGAGUAGGCAGAUAUCAGACAUGAAAAAUGACCUCGAAAAUUUGAUGGGAACAUUGCCUAAGAAUUCGUUUCCGCAUCAUCAAUCUAAAUCAAUCAAACGAUUAUUUAUGGAAUUAGUGAGCCAAAUUCACAACGUAAAUAACGAGGAACUUGAUGAGACAGAAAAGACAUUAUUGGAUGGAAUUCGACAACUCCAUAGCGAAUUGCUGAUGACAUCAAAUUCUGAAGAAAUGACCCAAGGGUAUGAGAACUCGAUAAGAAGUAAAGAAAAUGUCAAAACUGAACAUGAUGAUAGACUUAUUGACAUUCAUUGCAUCGAAACAUCAAACCUGAAAUUAUUGUCAAGUAUAGAGGUUCAAUGGGAGAAAAUCGAAAAUGUUGACAACGAAAUGUUUCCAAGCAAUUCAUUUUUAUUGACAGUUUUCAAUCGAUUUAAUAUGGUGAGAAGUCGUCAAUCAGUUUCCACUUCAAAUAACUCAUCAUUUGAGCCAACAAUGACCGACAAUGAUUCAUUGAACAUACUUGAGAGCUUCUCCUUGGCUGACGCAAUGGCCCCAGCUGUUGCUAUCAUUCCAAUGCCAAAGACCGAAGAUUUUCACGCAAAGGAUUCAUUGACUUUAAUGAACAAACGUGUCUCAAUUCGAGAGAAUGGUAACGAAUCUGUUUUCGACCAUGUUCGGUUGCUAUCAACUGUUGACUCGGUAGAACUAUUAAACAAUGAAAAAAUCAUUUCAAAUGAGAGGUUUUUAAAUAAAUCGUCUUCAUCUUCACAGCAAAAUUCAAAAUGCCAAAUUUCUUCAAAAUCCUCUUCAGAAAAAUCAUUACAAGUCCCAAAAUAUAUGAGAAAACCUAAACCAUUACAUCGACAUCUUUACGCCCGAAUGACAGAUGAAGAUUGGAAGCGGUUGAGAAAAGUUGUGGAAUCUUCUAAAAGACCAAAACGUGACUCUUCUAUUCAGUUCAAUGAACUUGACAAUGGUUUACCCCUUAAAAUAUCGAAACACAAAUCUUCAUUCCUUGAACGGUCAUCACACUUAAAUAUAUCCAAGAAAACUCUCAAUGAUCAACAGAAUGCUUUAUUUUUAAUAGAAAAAAAUCUUCAAAAGGAACUGAAAGCAAUGAGAAUUGAAUCAGUUUUAAUGAUGCUUUGCGAUGAGAAAUUUCUUCAUAAGACUUCAUCAUAA